UUCUAGACUGUGCUUCUAGCUUAUUGUAUCGACGUAUUGAUUUUUUUACAGUGCGCGUAAAAAAUUGCUCUUGGUUCUCUUUGACUACACACGAACGAGCGGGGACAUUAUCCCGUGCGGGAAAGCGAUUCCGAUUUUAUUGGCACUUGAAAACUUUACGCAUUGAUUCCAUCGCGGCAUCGGCUACUUGAGGUUGGAGGUACUAGUAGAAACGGAAAUGUUCCUCGUCGCAGAACAUUCAAGCGUCGUCGAAGCAACACGCGCAGACUAUUAAUGUGAAGCAAGCUCAGGAUUUUUCCGUUUCCGGCAGUGUCGGAAGCAAUCGUUUCCACAUGAAAAAGUUUUUCCUGUGUGCGGUUCUCGUUGCGCAGCUGUCCUACGCCAUCUACGUAUUGUGGAGCCUGCAGCAGGACAAAAAUUCAAUGGACGGAGAAGAUCCUACGAGUCUAGGACCGCCGUUGGGCGACUCUUUUUCGCUACUCACGUGGAAUGUGCUAUCGAUUGGCCUUCGUAGUAACAUUUUCGACGUAGACCCAGGAAUUUACAAGCGCUGCGAGAACAAGGUGCCGACGCUAUCGGAGCUACGGUAUGUAACUGUAAAUAGCGCAGGAGAUGAAGACACGUCAUCUGAACAUGAACUUUCGGAUGCGCAGAUCGAAAAAGUUCGGCAAGAGCUGGACACAGCGCUGAGAAGCUCAAUCGCGGCAGAUGAUUCGACUGGAGCGGUCCUGAAGAAAAAGGAAAGGGAUUUGCAGCGUUCGCAAUUUCUGCUGUACGCACUAUUUCGCAGGAAUGUGCAGCAAAUCAUGGGCGACUACCGGGUUUUCUCAAAGUCUAAGCCUUCGCCAGCGGCCGGCAGCGAUCAUCUUUCGAAGUCUGUAGGCGCAACGCAGACGCUCGGGGACCUCCUUGCGGAAGCAAUCAAGCAGCCGGCGUACCUGGAGAGGUUCCAUGUCACUGCAGACGCGUACCCGCCACCCACCCCGCAGUACUCGUUCAAGUGGCAGGAUUGCCUCGGGAUUUGGAAGCACAACACGGACUAUUUGUUGAAGGACAAAAUCCGUAAACCGCUGGAUUUGACAGGAACGGCAAACAAAAACUUGGCGGUAUCUGAAGACUUACUUCCGAUCGACGUGGAAACGCGUUGGAAGAAGUGGUCGCAGAUGACUGUGCACGAGUGGCUACUGGAGGAUCGGGCCAUCUAUGCAAAUCCGGACACGAAAAAAUUCAGCCUCUCACAGGGGGCCAAAUUCUUCGCGCGCCGCGGACUCAACGCAUGGGCGUAUGAGGAGGAGAGCGACAUUGGAAAUAGGCCGACCACAGGGGAGCAGAUGAGUGCGAGUGGUGCAGGAGCGACAAGCCAAGGAGGUCCCCUCGUUGUAAAGUCGAAAACCGUCUCCCCUGCCGGCGGGCCUGAGUCGAGCGCUUCUAUCUUGCUUGACCCAACUGAUCAUCUGAGCAUCGACUUUUUCAAGAUGCGAAUCUACGAUUUGCUCAUGCUGAAAGCGUGGCACGAUGCUGCUUUAGAGACGGACCGACUACGCCUUCGGCUCUACCAGCGUGACCAGGAGGUGGUGUUGGAGCGGUUAGAAAUGGAAGAGGAGCGACGGCGGCAAGAAAACAAAGUGCGUAAAGUCGAGUCCUUUCCGACGUCAAAUUUGCACGCUGACGAGGAUGAGGAAGAUGACACGCCGCUUCCACUGAUCGACGUCUGGACCACGUUGAAGCGGGCGGGAACGUCGACAGCAUCCCUAGAAGACAAUGAUGCUGAACCAGGUAGAACUGUAGAAGGAAGCGGAUCCCCGUCGAGAUCUGCUGACAACUCUUCGCCGAGCAGUGCAAAGCCAAAGCUUUCCGGCGUCCCCAGCACCUACCAGGCAGAUCCCGGGACGCACAUGAAGCAAAUUUUGGAAGUGCUCGAGUUACUAAUGUAUCCAGACAUCGUGUUACUGCAGGAGGUCGACCAAAGUUUGCUGCAGAGCAAGGAGUUCUUCGAAGCGCACAAAAUAUUUCCUAUUACUGCCGGCGAGGAGCAGGACGGACUCGCUUUGUUCAGGAAAGAUUCCGUCACGGGUGGGUUGCAAACGACGCACUACAAGUACGUCGCCGUGUUUGCGUCUUACAAUUCCACAGAUCCCGACAACAGCGUGAUUCUCAUCAAGCCGCAGAAGCUUCGGAAGCUCUACAGCAAUUCCAUCGAAGCUCCCUCGCCACGGAUACUGCGCUGCGUGGCUGAUUUGGUGAAUGUGGGCCAACCUGUGCAGCUCGGGAGCUACCACUUUUCGUCCGGGCACAUUGCGACGCAGCGCGAGUUCGACGCACACAUUUUCGCGCCGGCGAGAACUUCUAGCAGGGAAGCACACCAGGAAGGCAACUUUCUUCUCCUCGGCGGAGACCUCAAUACGGAGCCGGCGGAAAUUCCCAAGACGCCGGCAGAGCUUGUGGAGCAGGAGGUCGCGGCCGCGGCGUCCAAAGCUGCUACAGGGCAAGAAGUGCUGUCCAGUGAAGAAGUUGUUGCAAAGUGGUCGCUUCGUAUCCUCACCGGAGCUGGAACGCACAUAAACACCUACGCGAAGAAGCUCUCCGUGUUGCAGUCCCAGAUGACGAAGGCCGACAAGGUGGAGAAGCAAAACAUCGACCACGUGUACGGCAGGGGCUUCACGGUCGUACAGGAGCUGGGCGACGCCGAGAGCGUAGCUGUGCGACAAGCGUAUUUGCAAGGGGCAAAAAGGCUGAAUGACAUGGAGAACCAAAGGUACUAUCGUGACGCAGAAAGUUCGAUUGCCGCUCGAGCGACCCGAAAUUCCAACGCGGGCGUUUUCGGUUUCUUGGAGAAAGAGUCCUCGCUUUACCUGCCAGUCUCAACACAUCCACUUUUUCGGUCCGAUCACAUGCCCAUUUGGUUUCGCAUUCGCCCGAGGUGAAGAAACAGAAAUGCGUUUGUGUCAUCAUGAAGUUUUAGCUGCGAUGCAAGAAAUGAUAGAUUAGGCCAGAUAAAGGUUACGUAAUAUGGACGUACAUCAUGGAGCGAAACUUAAGCUACGGCUGAAGCUGAAGUAAAACGG